AUGGCUAGCGUUGGCGGCGAGGGCUCCAACAACCGCAGCAGGCGCCUCGUCCGCGCGCCCAGGACCCGCCCCGUCAUCGUCUGCGCCUUGCGCGCGCCCGGGGCUCCGGCGGCGCCGGUGGCCUUCGGAUCGGUGGCGCUCUCGGGGCGCAUGCGCCAGAUGGAGGACUUCGUGGCCCUCCGCCCGGGCCUCUGCGUGUGGGCCGACGGCUCUCCGGUGCAUUUCUUCGCCGUCUUCGACGGCCAUGGCGGACCUCAUGUGGCAGAGAUGUGCAAGGUGGAGCUGCCAGCGGCGCUGGAGGAGGAGCUGGGUCUGGCGGCGGCGCUUCUGCAGGAGCAGCCGACGCUGGAGGACGAGGCUGACGCGUGGCGCGCCGCGCUGCGCCGGGCCUUCCAGCGCGUCGACGCCCUCGGCGCCAGCUGCUGCCAGUGCGGCAACGUGGGCCCGCCCUUGUGCCACUGCGAUCUCCGCGGCAGGGUCAUCGGCUCCACCGCCGCGGUGGCGCUCCUCGUCCGCGACCAGAUCGUCGUCGCCAACUCCGGCGACUCCCGCGCCGUCAUCUCCCGCCACGGCGGCCGCGACGUCCAGGCGCUCUCCACAGACCACAAGCCGGACCGUCCGGAUGAGAUGCAGCGGAUCACGGAGGCCGGCGGGUGGGUCAUCUUCCACAAUGGGGCGACGCGCGUUCGAGGGAUCCUUGCCAUGUCCCGCGCAAUAGGGCACAGGAUCCUGAAGCCUGAAGUGAUCUGCGACCCAGAGAUCGAAAUAACGACGAGGACUGAAGGCGACGACUGCCUGAUCCUGGCAAGCGACGGGGUCUGGGACGUCGUCUCCAACCAGAUGGCCUGCGAAGUCGUCCGCCAAUGCCUCGACGACGGGACCCCGCCGGACCUCCACCUCCCGGCGGCGCCGGCGCCGGCGGAAGGCCAGCACCAGCAGUCUUCGCGUCGCUGCAACGUCGCCGCCGCCGCUCUCGGGAGGUUCGCCCUCGGCCGUGAGAGCUCUGACAACAUCAGCGCCAUCGUCAUCGAUCUCAAGAUGAGGGAGUGAUCAUUAAGGCCUGCUGAUGAUCGCCUCCGUCUUUGCAACUUAAUAAGAAACUUCACAAACCAAAAAUCAAGGCUUUCUGCUUGCUGGGAUGAUCGAUUGAGGUGGUCUAAAAUUUCCUUUGUUCUUUGGUUUGGAUGAAACAUUGCCGUGGAAUUGAGGGGGAACUGAGAGUUUAGGAAUGCAUGGUUGCAAAUGUACAUUGCUCUUCCCGUCUUCUGAUCCGCUUUUCGUUCAU